AUGUCCCGAUUUGCCCCGGCAGCAGGGUCCAAGCUCACUCUCGCCUCGACGCUACCACUAAUCGACGGCAGCACCAUGCCCCGCUUUGGCAUCGGAGCGUGGGAAAUGACGGGCCCCUCGACCGUCACCGCACUUCGUUCUGCUGUCGAGUCCAUCGGGUACAAGCACAUCGACACGGCGCAAUACUACCGCAACGAGUCCUACGUGGGGCAGUACGCCCGGGAGUCCGGUAGGAGAGAAGAGUUGUUCAUUACGACCAAGACAUUCAGUAAGGGCGCUAGUGCUGCGAAGACCAUCGAGAGGAGUCUGGAGGCGGCAGGAUUGGAGUAUUGGGACUUGGUGCUCAUUCAUGCUCCGGAUGGGGGAAAGAAGGCGAGGCUCGAGGCCUGGGAAGGGUUGAGUGAACUGGUGCCGCACAAGGUCAAGAGGCUAGGCGUGAGCAACUACGGGGAGCAUCACAUUAAGGAGCUGCUGGAUAGCAAGCCGAGAGUGCUGCCUGUGUGCAACCAGAUCGAAUGCCACCCCUUCUUCGCGCAACGCUCCCUCCGCUCCUACUGCGAGUCGCAGGGCAUCGUCUGUCAAGCGUACUGUCCCCUCGCUCGCCAAGAGUACGACUCGGAUCCAACGCUCCAAUCUGUCGCUCAGUCGGCAGGCAAGACGGUUGCACAGGUGAUGUUGCGGUGGUCCAUCCAAUCUGGGCUUGUUCCACUGCCGAAGAGUAGUAAUGAGGGGAGACAGAGGGAGAAUGCUGAGGCGCUGGCGGGUGGGUGGGAGUUGACAAAGGAGCAGAUGGAGACGCUUGAUGGCUUGGACAGGGGUAAGAGCGGCGCCGUCGAGGUGCAGACGAUGAGUCAAGAGGCACCUUGA